AUGGGAAAUAAUCCUUCUCGUGCAGGCACAUAUGGAUACGACUAUGACCUUGCACAGAGAUACCCCCGCAGUGGAACCCUCUCGCGAUCGCGCACACAACGACCCCAAGAGUUCCAGUCGACCCGGCGGCGGCACCGCUCAGAAGAUUACUACCCUGAAGAGCAGGCGUACCGACCGCAACAUGCACCACAGGGUUUGGUACCCGUGUUCGCUCCUCAGCCCUUUCUUCCCGGGUACGCGCAGCCCCAAUACUUCCAGCCGCCGCCGCCGCAGAUGACCUUCGUGCAGCAGCCGGUUCCGGUGACGGCACCACCACCAGGGUUUGUCUACUCGCAGCCACAAGUAGCCGUGCAGCACGGCGUGCAACCUGCACUGGCGCAGCCUACGAUGCGCGUCCCAGUCGUGCAAGCUGCGACCAUGCAAAUGCCAGAACCUGUCAUCCCAGUGCAGUACCAGCAACAACAGACUGCUGCCCAGCCUCCCGUUAUCCCGCAGAUGCCUCCACCGCCUCCACCAGUCCAAGCACCGUCCAUGCCCUCGCCGGUCACCUUUCCUGAACCUCAGAUCUCCAAUCCCACACCACGGCCGCACUCACGACCAACCCGACUUGCGCCAGGUCAGUAUGGUCACCAAGAACACGCAACGUCGCCAUACGAUGAUUUUUAUGGUCUCUAUCCCCACAACCCGAUACCAGUACCGCCCAAAAAUUUCUUCCUAGACUCACCGUACAGAUCGAUCCUGCGCAAUCUGAAGGAAAGCGGGGAGGUCGUAGAUCCGUUCUCCAAACUGCAGAGAACCAAUUCAGUACCAAUAGGGUCCUUCCGCUCGCACAGCGGCUCGGGGGGAAGCCGUCAAGGGCGGCGCAGAGGCCUGUUGGGUGUGUUUGGCUCACGUCGGCGACAUGAUGAUGAUGACGACCAGGCCCAACAGGAGAGUGCUCCCGUCGUCGGGGGUGUGCAUGCUGGCAUGCCUACUCUGCAAGAAAUGCCAGAUGGAACAAAGGCCCUUGUCUACAGCAUCCCUCCACAGAUGGUGCAGGUCGCCGGCGCAGCGCCUGCACCAAUAGUGCCCGUGCUCACACCCAUGCCAAUGCCUGAGCCUGCUCAUAGUGCAUCGCCCAAUCCUGCUGUACGCACAGGCACACCUGCACCAUUGCGUCCGCACGCGCUGAAGAUUGACCGCCAAAACGAGCUUUCGGGACUUUUGCACUUCUCGCCGCACGGGGUGCGUUACGAGCACAAGCGAUAUCCUACAGCGUUCCAUCUGUUGGAGGCGUUCAAGUUCAUGGAAAGCCGGCCGGACAUUGCAGAGCGCAUACGAAAAUGCACCACCCCGAAUGAUGCGGCCGCGAUCGCUGCAGACAAGCAACGGCACAUCAGACCCGAUUGGGAGCACGUCGUCCUUCAGAUGAUGGACGUCGCGCUGUACCAUAAGUUCGUGCAGCAUCCAGAUCUGCGCGCUCUUUUGAUGCACACUGGUACAGCAGAGCUUGUAUAUUCGGAACUCAAUGAUCCCUUCUGGGGAGAUGGAUCCCUAGGUGAAGGGGCGAACGAGCUCGGCAAGGCAUUAAUGCGCGUGAGGGAUCGGCUGCGUACAGAGGGACUGAACACUUGA